AUUAGGAUCACCAGAGACAUACAAAAAGAUCGUUUUUUAGUCAACUGUUUUAAUUGUUAAUUUGUUUGUUUCAAACAGCCGGGAUGUGCCGACGUCAUGUCACGUGUUUAAAGUGUCUUCUUUGGGAACAUUCCUACACUUAUUAAACAACGCCUCACUCGCGCUUCCCACCUCCGCCAGGCAGCAGCCUCCCUCUCGCCCUGCUCUCGUCCGACUGCAGCAUCGAGCGGCGGCGGCGGCGGCAUCGAGCAGCAGCAUUUCGGCGGCGUGCCUGCAGGAGCUCACACACGUCCCCACUCUCUGCUGAGAUGCCGUCUAAAAGAUAAGAUGGCUGCUGAACCCUUGCAGGACUGAUCACACUCCACGGGGCUCGACCUCCGCACUUCAUUAAAAGUGUCCCGGCAGUUGGUGGUUUGACCUGAUAAACUACGGGAGCGGCUGGUUACAAAACAGUUAGUGCCGAGCUUUGUCUGUGUCAAGAUGAAUGACGCGCACAACAACAGGACUUCCCUGGUCAAAGGCGCCAAGGACAUCGCCAAGGAGGCCAAGAAGCAAGCUGGCAAGAACCUCACCAAGGCAGCGGACCGCGCCUCGGAUGAAUACUCGACGCACCGCAGCUAUAAUCAGUUCCAGAACGAGGACGACUACAAUUCCUACGGACAGCCGGGCGGCGAACACGACGAGGACGGGGCGUCCAGCGACGCCACGGAGGGACACGACGACGAGGACGAGAUCUACGAGGGCGAGUACCAAGGUGUGCCCGCCCGCCAGGACGCGCCGGUCGCCCUCGGCCAGCCGGCCAGCGACAGCCUGAAGAGCCACAAGGAGCUGGAAGGCGAGCGGCAGGCCGACGAGGAGGAGCUGGCGCAGCAGUACGAGCUCAUCAUGCAGGAGUGCGGCCACGGGAGGUUCCAGUGGCAGCUCUUCUUCGUGCUGGGCCUGGCGCUCAUGUCGGACGGCGUGGAGGUGUUCGUGGUGGGAUUCGUGCUGCCCAGCGCCGAGACGGACAUGUGCGUCCCCAACUCCGGCGCCGGAUGGCUAGGUAGCACGGUGUACCUGGGGAUGAUGUUCGGGGCCUUCUUCUGGGGGGGUCUGUCGGACAGGCUGGGCCGCAGACAGUGCCUGCUGAUAUCCAUGUCGCUCAACGGCUUCUUCGCCUUCCUCUCCUCCUUCGUGCAAGGCUACAGCAUGUUCCUCUUCUGCCGCAUGCUGUCGGGAUUCGGGAUCGGCGGCGCCGUGCCCAUCGUCUUUUCGUACUUCGCCGAGGUGCUGGCUCGGGAGAAGCGAGGCGAGCACCUGAGCUGGCUCUGCAUGUUCUGGAUGAUCGGGGGAAUCUACGCCUCGGCCAUGGCGUGGGCCAUCAUCCCGCACUACGGUUGGAGUUUCAGCAUGGGCUCCGCUUACCAGUUCCACAGCUGGAGAGUGUUUGUGGUGGUGUGUGCCUUCCCCUGCGUCUCAGCCGUGGUCGCCCUCACGUUCAUGCCGGAAAGCCCUCGGUUCUUCCUACAGAUGGGCAAACACGACGAGGCGUGGAUGGUCCUCAAACAAAUCCACGACACCAACAUGCGAGCCCGCGGAGAGCCGGAGAGAGUCUUCACCGUCAACCGCAUCAAGAUCCCCAAGCAGCUGGACGAGCUGGUGGAGAUGCAGAGCGAGUCCACCAACGUCGCCCUCAAAGUUCUCAUCAAAGUCAAGACAGAACUCCGGGGGAUCUGGUCCACGUUCAUGAGAUGCUUCGACUACCCUGUGAAGGACAACACCAAGAAACUGGCGGUGGUUUGGUUGACCCUCUCCUUCGGGUACUACGGACUGUCGGUGUGGUUCCCCGACGUGAUCAAGCACCUCCAGGCCGACGAGUACGCCUCCAGGGUGAAGAUUCACAACAACGAACGCAUCGAGGACUUCACCUUCAACUUCACCCUGGAGAACCAGAUCCACAGAAACGGGGUGUUCCUCAACGACAGGUUUAUCAGUAUGAAGUUCAAGGCCGUGUCCUUCAUCAACUCCUCCUUCAUGAAUUGCUACUUUGAGGACGUCUCCUCGGUGGGGUCCUCCUUCAAGAACUGCACCUUUGUCGACUCCUUCUUUUACAACACAGAUAUUGACGAUGCCAAGCUGACAAAUUCGAGGGUAAUCAGCAGCUCCUUCCACCACAACAAGACGGGCUGUCAGAUGACCUUUGAUGACGACUACAGCGCCUACUGGGUCUACUUUGUCAACUUCCUGGGAACGCUGGCCGUGCUGCCUGGAAACAUCGUCUCGGCCCUCCUCAUGGACAAAAUAGGGCGUCUCAGCAUGUUAGGAGGCUCCAUGGUGCUGUCGGGCAUCAGCUGCUUCUUCCUGUGGUUCGGCACCAGCGAGUCCAUGAUGAUCUUCAUGCUGUGUCUCUACAACGGCCUCAGCAUUUCCGCCUGGAACUCCUUGGACGUUGUCACCGCAGAGCUCUAUCCCACGGACAGGAGAGGCACCGGCUUCGGCUUCUGCAACGCCAUGUGCAAGCUGUCGGCCGUCCUGGGCAACCUGAUCUUUGGCUCGCUGGUGGGCAUCACGAAGGCCAUCCCCAUCCUGCUGGCGUCGUGCGUGUUGGUGGGCGGCGGCCUGGUGGGCCUGCGGCUGCCGGACACCCGGGCCAACGUCCUCAUGUGAAAGCUGACCCAAAUAUGGCUGCAUGCAUUCUGGCCAGCAGGUGGUGGUGUUGACUUUUCUGAUGUUUUUGAUGACCAAAAGUUGAAUGAUCAGGUCUAUCUUCACCAAAGGCGUGUCUCGCCGCUUCCUGUCACAGGAAGCCCAGGAAAUUCCGACGUCAUCACCGAGGGGAGAAGCUAACGAGCUAUCUUUAUGUCAAGAGGACUCUCCUGGACGCCUGCUUCUCCUGUGGCGAUACGUUGGAAAGAAGAAAAGUGCUUUCACGUGUGGACACUUUGGAGCCAUCACACCACAGAUAGGCUCUUUUUGCCCUUUUUCACAUCAUUAUCACAUCUAAGUGCUUUUUAAGUGCUGUUG